AUGAAACACAAUACAUUUUGUAGUAUGCUUAUUCAACUGAUCUUCACAGUUGGGUUGGGAUCGUCUGCCAAUUCAAAACCGUUAUUGAGUUCUCCAAUCGGUCCUUACAAAUUCCUCGUCAAACAGGUUUUUAAUUGCAAUCCUACGCAGGACAAUAAAAUCCAGCAUAACUAUUACAUAAGUCACAGAGCCAAUUCAAAAAUGCUCCUUGGAAAUACAACUAUCGAUGUACUUUUUGACGACACUUUUUUCUUAGAAAUGAAUAUGGCUCUCAAAGAUUCGUUUGGAAAAUGGAAAGAAAAUGUAUUUAUGCAUACAACACCAAAUGCAUGCUCAUCGAUAAAAAAAUUAAUAGGAAACGCAGCGAAUGCAUUCAUGCAUGGUUUUGGACUUAAAAAUCUUAAUUGUCCUAUACCUCCGGGUGUUUAUAUAGGUAAUGGUAUAAAUGAGUCAGAAUUGAAGGAAACCAAUGUACCAAAAACAUUUUUUUAUGGAACAUACAAAUUUCAUGUACAAUAUUCACGAAAUAAUGAAAAAUUUGGCUGUCAAGUUUACAUUAUAGAAUUUAAACGCCCUUGA